CGUGUGAUCGGUGUGUUUAUCCAUGCAUCUGCUCAUUGGCGGUCGCAUGUGUGUGUAUGUCCGAUGCAUGCAUUUGGAUGAUACUCCCUCCCGGACGAGGAGGAAAGGGCAGCGGACAAGCACAAAGCCAACAGAGCCGGGGUAUCACAGGAGAGGAGACAGCAGGGCUUUGGGACGGACCACGUUUUCGGGUCGAAGGGGGGCAGGACGCAGGAUUGGGGCAGUUAUUAACCUCCCUAUCAUGGUGUCACAUGCUCGCUGCUGCAGACAGAGCAGGACGAAAACACAGAUGCAGAGAGCUCGACUAAGGACUCUUUUCCACUCUUUCUUUUCCUCCUUCUUGCACUAACAUCUCAUUCCCUUCAUGUUCUCCGUGCAGCUUGUCAGCAACAUCUUCUCUAACUUCACUCUGCUGCUUUCCCACUGCUUUUAAAGUUUCCUCACCGCUGCUUCCUGACAGAGAUUUUCCCUUAACUUGCUACUCUCUUGCCUUCUCUCUAACAAGCUUCCUCUCCUCCCUUCCUUCCUCCUUUUCCUCUCUUCUUGCCUCCUCUCUUCUGGAUGGAUAACUACUCCCUCCUCUACAGUUCCUCUCACAGAACCGGACUUCUCUCUGGUUUCCAGCGCCUGCGCUCCGAGAGGAAGAUGUGCGAUGUCGUCCUGGAGGCCGGCGGCGUAGCCUUCCCGUGCCAUCGUGCCCUUUUGGCGGGCUCCAGCGACUAUUUUUGGGCCCUUUUCGGAGAGACUACCGCAGAGAGAUUAGCGGGCUCCGUUAGCCUCCCGGCGCUAACGCCUGAGGGCUUAGACGCCAUGCUGGACUUCCUGUAUUCAGGCUGGCUCAGCGUUUCGCUCACCACGCUUCCUGCUGUCCUGGAAGCAGCCAGGUACCUGCAGGUGGAGACGGCGGUGUCAAUAUGCGAGCAGUUCAUGACUGAUGGUUUAAACGCUGGGAACUGCUGCGGCUAUGCUAAUCUGGCUGAGCGCCACGCGCUCUCCAACGCACUGGAGGCUGCCAAUCAAACCAUCGCCAUGGAGAUGGGGAGGUUGCUACGGGAGAACAGGGACGAUCUCCUCGGGUUGAACAUCCAAUCACUGCUGGCGGUGCUGGACGCAGACGAGAUACCUGGUGCCAAGGAGGUGGAGCUCAUAAGGCUGGCUCUGGAUUGGCUGGAUGAGAACGGGCCCCUCCCACUACUAAAGUCAAACCUGCUGUUGAGUCGCCUCCGCUUCGGAUUGGUCGCCCCCGCCGACCUCACAAAUCUCAGCCACGCCCACAAAGCCAUGACCACGCCUUUAAUCAGGAGCCAGCUGACUCGAGCGUUGGAGUACCACAGGCUGGGUGCAGCUCAGCCAAUCAGACAGAGCAGACAAUCGACUCUCAGAGCGUCGCCCAAUCGCGUGCUGCUCGUUGGGGGCGGGUCCAGCGCCGAUUGGCCAGAACAGCACGUGUUGGCGUUUGAUCCCAGAAGCAGGAAGUUUUCAUCUCUGGGUUUCGUUCUCCCACUGCGACUGAGGAACCCCUGCGUGUGCUCAGUGGGAGGCUUCCUGUUCGUGAUCGGAGGAGAAGAAGUCAAAGAGGGAGAUGAUGAUGGGAAGAAGUCCGUCACCGUGGCAACAUCCAACCAGAUGUGGAGGUACGACCCUCGCUUCGACUGCUGGGAGCAGGUGGAGUCGAUGCUGGAGAGGCGGGCGCAGUUCACCUGCUGCGUGGUGGAGGAUGUAAUUUAUGCCGUCGGGGGUCGACACACACAUCCGGACGCCGACACACACUCCUCCGUAGCUUCUGUCGAGUUUUAUGACAUGUCCACAGGAGCGUGGAGGAGGGGAGCGCCGCUGCCUCAACCCCUUUACGGCCAUGCCUCCGCCGUGCUCCACAACAGCAUCUACGUGUCAGGUGGUCUCCCGGGCAACCAGGGAAGCAGCAUCCAUGGCGGUUACCAUGGCGAGAACAGGGAGAGCAGCAGAGAAGUCCUGUUGUGGGACCUCAGAGGCAAAGUCUGGGAAAAGAGAGCGUCCAUGUCCAUCGCCAGGUUCGGCCAUCGCUUGGCAACCGCCCACGGCUACAUCUACGCCCUGCUGGGGAUGUACGAGCCUUUCUGUGACAUCGAACGCUACGAUUCAAAGUCGGACCACUGGACGCGACUUAAACCUCUUCUAACCGGAUCCUUCGACUACGGGAUGGUGUCCACGGCGUCCGGGAAUCUUUUUGUGUUCGGGGGGAGGAGGUGGAGCGACGGACAGGAAGUGAUCGUGAAGAGCGUGCUGGAGUACGAUACUAAGAGAGAUCGCUGGAGGGAGAUCUGCCAGCUUCCCAGACCUCUCACCGGGACUGAGUGCACUCUGCUGCCUCUGCCAGACUGAAGGGCACGAAAAUGUGAGAAAAGUAUGAACAAGUGAUGAGCUGGUGCCUGGAAUAAGACCGUUUGAUGUAGUAGGUGCUACAUAGCCAUGAAUCAAACCCUCAGUUUUCCACGUUGCUCAACAUUUAAGCUUAGGUGUCUAAAACAUAGAAAGGAGGAAAGUUUUGUGGCCUGCUUUUAUAUAUUUUUUAGCAGAUCUGAAAGUGAAUUCCAUGGUGUAGAGGAGAAAAAUAAGCUUAAAGACCACCGAAUAUGUCAAACAAUCACUAGUGUGAGGCUGAAUUACCCAAUGGCCGAAUCUAACAGUGUGCUAAGAAAAGCCAUAAACAGGGAGCUAAGAGGAGCAAUAAAAGAGAUUUUUAAGAAUAAAUAGAAGAGGAGGUGAAGAGAUUUAGUGGGAAGAAGGCAAUUCAGGAAAUGGAAGGAGUCAAAACAGGAGAUAAGGCGAUGAAGAUGGAGGAGGACGUCAUUGAAACAGCAAAUCUAAGCUGAAUAUGUUUAAAAAGUUGCAGAUAAAAGUUCCGGUGUGUGGACAUUCCUGUUUAUUCAGCAGCGGUGCAUAAAUUAAGUUUUCUAGAUAGAGAAGUAGAAGCAAAGCAAGGACACCGAGUGGCCCUUUUUCCUGGUUUGUUGUCUUGUUUCACCCACUUCUUCUGCACUGACAGUCAACUGGAGGAAGCAGGUUGAAGCUGCAGAGUAGAAAAAGCUUCAGGGGGGAAUCUUACGCAUGAUUGGUGAGUAAUAGCUCAGUAACCUGCUGGAGUUCAUUAUUCAUGCGCUGUUAUCCAUUUCCACUUCAUCCUCAAUACACACUGAGCUGUCCACACAAACAUUAAUUAUUCAACAUAUUUCAUAGUACAUUAUAAAUUAAUUGGACGCCUCAGUAUCUCCUCUGGUAAUUAUUGUCAGUGAAUACAUAUAUGUGCAUACAGAAAUGUUUAGAUGCAUAUUUAUGUUGAAACAUUAUUGGAAUUUAAUGUGUUGUUUUUUUUUUUUUGGCAAAGUUGAACAAUUGAACAUUCCAAUUGGUAAAACUAUGAAUUCAGAUUUUUUUAAAAAACACAUCAUUCAGUAUUAAGAACCAAUAAAACAGAACUCCAAAUGUGA